CUGCGCUGUUCCAUCAUGUCAACAUCUUUCACAGUCUCCUCUCCUCCAUCCCUCCCCCAUCCCAGCAUGUCCUUGCCCCCCUCGCUGCUCUACCUGGUUGUCUUCGGUCUCUUGGCGGGGGACACCUCUGCCUUUUCAUUCAGCACAAGCACCCCAAGCCAAUGCGGCAACUUUACCGUCCAGUGGACCGGCGGCACCGCGAACCCUCAAGAUCCCCUUCGAGAGUCCUUUACGUUCUGGGAGCUUGACAAGCCCUAACGCCCCCUCCCCGCGUGCUGUGAUUGUGGCAAGGUCUUUUCGACGAAGGGUAACCGGGAUAUCCACAAGGUUGAUGUCCAUGGGCCAAAGACGUUUGCAUGUCAGCAUGAUGGUUGUGUGAACAGGUACGCGAGCGAAUGGGAGCUGAACCAACAUGUACGUAUCGGCCGGUGGAUGGACCAUCGAAACGCUAAUGGGAAGCACAGAUUAGACGGCGACACACUAAGAAGAGUGUACCGUGUACAGGCGAGGGAUGUAAAAUGAUGUUUGUGGGUAUCGGCGAAUUGAACGCACAUGUAGGUAUCGGCCAGUGGAUUGCCUAUCAAAACGCUAAUGGAAAACACAGAGGCAGAAUGCCCACGGAGAAAAACAACACGCGUGUGAUGGGUGCGACAAAAAGUAUGGGACAAAAGGAAGGUUGAGCUAUCAUGUAUGUAUUGGCCAGUGGAUUGCCCAUUAAAACGCUGAUGGAAAGCACAGAAGAGAGAGAAACACGGAAAAAAGACGGUACCGUGUAGCGAACAGGGGUGCACGUCAAUGUGGGCGACGAGUUCAAAAAUGAGGACUCACGUAUGUAUCGGCCGGUGGAUUGCCCAUCAAAACGCUAAUGGAAAGCAUAGGUCAAGGAAGUUCAUGGGGAUAAGGCGGUACCGUGUAGCGAACAGGGGUGCACGUCAAUGUGGGCGACGAGUUCAAAAAUGAGGACUCACGUAUGUAUCGGCCGGUGGAUUGCCCAUCAAAACGCUAAUGGAAAGCAUAGGCGAAGGAAGUUCAUGGGGAUAAGACGGUACCGUGUAGCAAACAGGGGUGCACGUCAAUGUGGGCGACCGAAACACAAAUGAAGAAACACGUUCGUAUCGGUCGGUGGAUUGCCCAUCAAAACGCUAAUGGAAAGCAUAGGUAAAGAAGGUCCACGGAAGAUAAGAGGCGUGUGUAGGAUAGAGGGGUGUAGGACACGAGAAUAGACAGAGCGUGGUGGCAGAGGAACCGGAGCGGAGAUUGAUGCAGCAUGAAGAUGCGGGACAAGUCGAGUAAGUCGCAGGUGGUCGUAGUAGCCGAGUCUGACACGAUGCUACAGGGAAUUGCCUCCAGCAUACAACCAACUGCGGGCGAGCAACCCUGAUGAAAGGGCUUGAGGCUGUGACAGGUGUGGUGUAGAAUGUAGACGUAUUUGGUUGUCAUAUAGUUGGACGGGAUAGAGAAGCAUCUGGAGCACACUGAACGAGAAUUGGGGAGAUUGUGAAUGUAUAGAUGCAA